GCGAAAAUCUUGCAUUUCUGUAAAGACUUAUGUGGAAACCGUCACGUCGGAGUCUGUAAAAGUUUGUUAUAUUUGGAAAAUACAGAAUUACGAAAUGGCGGCUGAUUCUGUGGACGAUCGGGAGAUGAGAGAAGCACAGAGAGAAUAUCUGGACUUCUUAGAUGACGAUCAAGACCAGGGGGUCUACCAGAGCAAGGUACGGGACAUGAUCGGCGAGAACAAGAACCGCCUCAUCGUGAACAUCAACGACCUGAGACGACGCAACGACGUGCGGGCGACCAGGUUGAUGACUAAUGCGUUUGAAGAGCUGUUGGCGUUCCAGCGGGCUCUGAAGGACCUUGUGGCGUCUGUAGAUGCUACGUACGCCAAGCAGUACGAGGAGUUCUUCGUUGGUCUGGAGGGAAGCUUUGGGAACAAACACGUCUCCCCCCGAACCCUCACCUCUCGUCUGCUGGGCAGCAUGGUCUGUGUGGAGGGCAUCGUCACCAAGUGUUCUCUGGUCCGUCCAAAAGUCGUGCGUAGCGUCCACUACUGUCCAGCCACCAAGAAGACUAUGGAGCGCAAAUAUACUGACAUGACCAGUCUGGAUGCAUUCCCUUCCUCUGCUAUCUACCCCACCAAGGAUGAGGAGAACAACCCGUUGGAGACAGAGUUUGGUCUAUCUGUCUACAAGGACCACCAGACUAUAACAGUCCAGGAGAUGCCAGAGAAGGCUCCUGCCGGCCAGCUUCCCCGCUCGGUGGACAUCAUACUGGACAAUGAUCUGGUGGACGUGGUCAAGCCAGGAGACAGAGUCCAGGUGAUCGGAACCUAUCGAUGUCUGCCCGGCAAGAAGGGGGGAUACACCUCUGGGACCUUUAGGACCAUCAUGAUAGCCUGUCAGGUGAAACAGAUGAGUAAAGAAGUGUCUCCGUACUUCUCAGCGGACGACGUCGCCAAGAUCAAACUCUUCAGCAAGUCAAAGCAGGAUGUGUUUGACCAGCUGGCCCGCUCCUUAGCCCCCAGUAUCCACGGUCACGAAUACAUUAAGAAGGCCAUCCUGUGUAUGUUGCUGGGAGGAGUGGAGAAGGUUCUGGAGAAUGGGUCACGUAUCAGAGGAGACAUCAAUGUACUGCUCAUAGGUGACCCGUCGGUGGCCAAGUCCCAGCUGCUCCGUUAUGUCCUGCACACGGCACCCCGAGCCAUCCCAACCACCGGCCGAGGGUCAUCUGGGGUUGGCCUGACCGCUGCUGUUACCACUGACCAGGAGACUGGUGAGCGUCGUCUGGAGGCUGGGGCGAUGGUUCUGGGGGACAGGGGUGUGGUCUGUAUCGAUGAGUUUGACAAGAUGUCCGACAUGGACCGUACAGCCAUCCACGAGGUGAUGGAGCAGGGCCGUGUCACCAUCGCCAAGGCCGGUAUCCAUGCCAGGCUCAACGCCCGCUGCUCCGUGCUGGCAGCUGCCAACCCCGUCUACGGCAGGUACGAUCAGUAUAAGACUCCUAUGGAGAACAUUGGUCUGCAGGACUCUCUGCUGUCUCGGUUUGACCUGCUCUUCAUCAUGUUGGACCACAUGGAUGCAGAGCAGGACAGAGAGAUCUCAGACCACGUCCUCAGGAUGCAUCGAUACAGAGACCCCCGCGAACAGGACGGGACUGCGAUGGCCUUUGGUGGGUCAGUGGACAUCCUGGCCACUGAGGAUCCUGACUCGGUUCAGGAGGAGCAGGAGGAGCUGCAGAUAUACACACACACACACACACACAGGAAACACAACAACCUGCUGCACGGCACCAAGAGACGCAGAGAGAACAUCGUGAGCAAGGAGUUCAUGAGGAAGUACAUCCACAUCGCCAAGGUGUUGACCCCUACGUUGACCCAGGAAGCAGCCAAUCACAUUGCGGAAGAGUACUCCAGGCUGAGAAGCCAGGAACAGCUGGGAGCCGAUAUUUCCAGAACGUCCCCAGUAACUGCUCGUACUCUGGAGACCCUGAUCCGUCUGUCUUCGGCCCACGCUAAAGCCCGCAUGAGUAAGGCUGUGGAGCUGGAGGACUCAGAGGUCGCUGUGGAGCUGGUCCAGUUCGCGUACUUCAAAAAGGUUCUGGAGAAGGAGAAGAAGAGGGGGAGGAAGGAGCAGGAGUCUGACUCAGAGGAGGAAGAGACAACACAGCGUACCCCUCGCUCAGAGAAGAAGAGGAGUCGCCGCGGUUCCCAGAGCAGCGAGGCCUACGACCCGUAUGACUUCGCUGGAGAGAAGGACAUCCCUGAGAUUCAGGCUGGCACGCCCAAACCGGCAGAGGAGGAGCCUAUGGAUGCCCCUGUCCCACCAAGCCAGGACGGACAGACUGACGGACAGACUGACGGACAGACAGAGGUGUCUGCAGACAGGCUGAAGGAGUUCAAGUCGUCCCUCCUGGAGAUGUUCCGUUCUGCACAUGCUCAGUCCGUCGGUAUGAACACUCUGACGGAGAGUGUCAACAAGGACAGAGAUGCCCCCUUCACCCUGACAGAGGUCCGGGCCGCCCUCGCUCGCAUGCAGGACGACAACCAGAUCAUGUUGGCCGACGACAUCAUCUUCCUCAUCUAAAGACCAAGGAAAACAUCUUCAUCUUAGACCGAAGUGAAGAGGAGUGACGAAGAGGUGAAGGGAGAGGACAGAAAGGAGAUGGAGAGUUGUUUCCUAUUUGAGACCAAGAAGAAUGAGAAGGAAUUCAGAAAUAAUUGGAAGGGGAUUUUGACUAGUUCUCUUGGGUUUUGGGCUCCACUCGCUUCUUCUAAUUAGCCUUUUUUUGUUUGUUGGCAAUAACCACUUACGGACUAAAAAAGUAGUUGAAAGGAUUAUGGUUUUAUUUUGUUGUAAUGUUCGUAGGUUAAUUCUUGAUCAGGUUCACAAAGUUUGGUUUCUUUGCUUUACUCAUGUUUUAGCUACAUAUUAUGGGAUGUACAAGGUCUCGUUAUAAUCACAAGUCUCCGUAGAGCAUCUGCAUCGUUUUAUGCUUUCGGUUUUAUAGUUUUAAUAUGUAUUUUUUAAGAAAAAUACCUUUUUCUUGUAUAUAUUGUUUUGUGAAAGAAAAGGUUUUCAUUGUAAAGGUUUGUCAACUGUAAUAACGCAUCGAGAUGGAAAAUAAAAUAACUUGGAUGUUGAA